CGUCUGAAAAUAACGAAAAAUAGAAUUCGAAGUAGAAGAAAACAAAUUUGAACAUGGCCGGAGUUUUGGCCGAGAUUCCGGUGAACCGUCCGAACUCCGACGAGAUUAACAAGUUCCUCGACGGCACGGCGACGUUCGUCGACGCAUUUUUUGGACUCAUAGAAGACGGAAAUGAUUCGUCGCCGGAGAUUUUCCGUGGCGAAGAUUAUACUGUCGGUGACAAUGAGGACGGUGAUGAUGAGAAUUCCUGCAACUCGGAAGAAAAUAGAACCUUCUGGGAAACACAAGAACAACUUCUUCAAGCAACAUUAUGUCGGACUAGUUCGCUUGAAUCCAAAAUCAGACAAGCAACAAAAGAGGCGUUGAAAGAAGUGAUCGGUGGAGAAUGUGGAUGUUCCCGGAGACUGGCCGCCGGAGAUUGCCGGAAUUGUUUAAGAAGAGAGAUCUCCGUUCGGCUUCAAAAUUCAGGAUAUAACUGCGCGAUUUGCAAGUCCAAAUGGAAAAGCUCGCCGGAAAUCCCCUCCGGCGAACAUCUUUAUUUGGAAGUGACGGAUAAAUCGAGUUCAAAAAAGGGGGAGAUAAUUAGAAUAGUAAUCGAAUUAAGUUUUCGUGGAGAGUUCGAGAUGGCGAGAGCAAGUGAAGAAUACAAGAGAUUAGUCCGGCGAUUACCGGAGGUAUUCAUCGGCAAAUCGGAGAGAUUAAAAACCCUAAUUAAAAUAUUAUGCGGCGCCGCGAAGAAAUGCAUGAAAGACAGGAAGAUACACAUGGGACCGUGGAGGAAAUACAAAUACGUUCAAGCCAAAUGGUUUGGCACGUGCGAGAGAAGUCUGGUAACGCCGUCGGCGGCGCCGUCGACGACCGGAUGUAAUAAUCGGCCGGGAAAGCCUCAGGCGUCGAUGUUGACGUUUGAUUUGUUAGAGUUAGAGAAUUUGGCUGGAAUCCGUUGCCCUGUUGUGGCCGUCGUUUGAUUUUGGGGGAAGAGGGUUUUGAGAGGUGAAAAUAAAACGUGAAAUUUGGGUUUCUCUUGUAUGGUUGUAUCAUGUGUGUGUGUGUAUAUAUAUAUGUAUGUAUGUAUGUAUGUAUGUAUACGAGGUGUAGCGUAUGAGGUCGACGGGUAGGAAUUUUGGUCAUGAUCAAUAAAAUAUUUUGAUAAAAAAAA